AUGCGACUGCAUUUCCAGAAUGUCGAAUUCGAUCAGACCGCCCAAAUAUAUGUUUAUAUUAAAAAAUGUUUUACAGGAGAUGCCAUUUUUACUUCUGGAACCCUACCGUUGAGCUUUAUUUGCUGUUCUGGUGUCUAUUGUGUGUGUUUGUGUCUAUCAGAUCUGUUGGAGUCGGUGCUCAGGUGUAUGCAGGUGUGCCGUAGAUUACUGGUGGUGUUAAGCUCUGACUGUUUGUGCGAGAAGAGCAUCAGUCUGCUGGAAUGUCGCCUGUGUUUGUACCUGCAUCACACAUUUCGCACUCCCGUCAUCACCGUCAGGCGCCACAUGCUCAGCGCCCCCUGCGUCGACAUCAUGGAACUGCGCAACAGCUCCACCCGCAUUCACUGGCACGGUGCGCGCUCAGAGCGAGCAAACUCACGGUUCUGGAAGCUUCUGCGCUUGGCUUUGCCUCUACGACCACUCGCGCUCGGGAAGAGACUCAUCGAUAGCACGUCCUCGCAUUCGGACUUGGCAUCCCUGGCCACACGGUACACGCAAGCGCAGUUGGUCUCUCUCAGACACAACCAGCAGAGUAAAGCGCUGGGGGUCAGCAGAGGUAACGGGAUAAGGCAUCUGGGUGCACGGGAGAGAAGUGGGCGUGGCUGUGAGCAGAAUGGGCGUGGCUGUGCCAUCUGUGUGAGUUUCCAAGAGAGUUACAGAAUUUGGGGCGGAGUCAUUACACCUCAGUGGAACACACACCUGCAUCAGCCUGCAGCCAAUGGAAUGAUACCUCAUGUCACACACAACUCUAAUACUGAGCCUGGAAACGAGCCUGGCAACGACCUCUGCCCCUGUGAACCGAUCAACAACAACCAGACUAAUGAACUACAAACAACACAUUGUUGACACACACACACACACACACACACACACACACACACACACACACACACACAGUUAUGUAAAUAU